AUAGAAAUGCACAAUGCGAAGCAUGUAGUCGAUAUAAACCAAAAAUGAGCAAUCUGAACUUUGCGUUCGACAUUAAGAUCGGCCACCAUGCGGUCACUCUUCCCAAACUGGUGGAUGGCUUCACACAUGAGUGGGAGAUAUACAUCAAAGCGGCCGAUGAAGCGAUAGAACUGAACAAGGUGGUGGAGAGAGUGGUGUUCCAUCUCCAUCCCACUUUCAACGACCCCACCAGACCAUGUAAGGGACCCAUAUUCUCCCUGAAGGAAAGAGGUUUUGGGGCUUUUGAAAUCAAAAUUGAUGUUGUGCUGAAGAAAGACAAGGACGCCUUACGCUCCAAAGGUCACGAAGAAUCUUUUCUAUACUGGUUAGAGUUGCCACGUGAGAAUCAGAAGCGAUACGACGACUCCAAAGUGCAUACGAUUCGAAUCUACAAUGCGCCUCAGGAUCUAGCCCUUCUCCUAGUCAAUGCGGGAAUCAAGCCACUCAAUGCAUCGUCAAAAGCUGUGUUUCAAAUCAAGAGCAACAAGUCUUCUUCAAAAGAUAAGGACAGAUCGAAAGACGAGGAAGGUUCGAAGAAAUCGAAGAGUAGCAAGAAAGACAAAGACAAGUUGAAGUCAGGCGGAAGUGGCCAUCAGCAGCACAAUCAGCAGAAGAAGAUUGAGGCCUCACUCUUUUCACAGCCCAUCUAUGUCACCAAAAACACGCCUUCAAGUGCAGGUCACUCUAAGGUCACCGCAUCUCUAGCCACUGCAAGCACAAAUGCAUCUUCAUCGUCGGCUGCCCCUUCGCCCCAGCCGCCGCCGCCUCAACCAACGACAGCAACCUCGUCCUCCUCGUCAUCAUCAGGAGGACAUACGCAGUCCACGGGAGGAAAAACAGGCAGUAACAUGACAGUGUCUUCUAACAAGAAGGAGAAGUCUGAUUCAGGGUUCACUUUGGGUACACAUGCCACCAGCAGUAAAGCAACCAUAUCAUCCCUAGGUCCCACAGACACCCACCAGGGAGCUACUCUCGAGAGGGAAAAGGUCAAAAAGAAAAAGGAUAAAAAAUCAAAUCGGGAAUGCAACUCCGGUGGAUCUAUGAAAGCGGAACCAGCUGACGAUGCAAGUGUUGUGGAGAUGGAGCCAUCUUCUCACAGGUCGAAAAGCUCAUCAAAUCAUGACAAUUUGGUGGCGAAAAAAGCCGCUGACGAUGACUCGGAAUCGGUGGGUCAUGUAUUGAAGCCAAGUUCAAAUGCAGCAAAAACUACUAGCAGUUCAUCAGGGGGCUUCAAGUCGGACUUCAUGAAGGAGUUAGAGGGCGAGGAGAGCAGUUCGAGUGACAUCGAGGGCGCCUUCGAGCCGAAGAAGAAACGAAAAACAACGACGACAUCGGAGAAGGGCAAAAAGAAAAAGAGCCAAUUAGGGGGAGUAGAAGCGACGGUGGAUAUGAAGAAAGAGAAGGUGGAAGCGAGCAAAAAAGAGAACAAAGAAGUGAGUUCCGAGAAGAAAAGAUGGCGAAAAAUGACGCUGAGUGAAAGCAGUGGCAGUUCAAGCAGCACCUCAAAUAGUUCCUCUGAAGAUGAAACCAGCAGCUCAGGAGGGGAUUCAAAUGAAGAUGAAGAUGAUGUUGCUGAAGAAACUCGAACUGAUGCAGCCAAAGUAGAAUUGAAAUCGGAAUCCGAAGAACAGCCAUCUGUGAUGAAAAUCCACAAACCAACAGCUAAACACACUCCGUCUAGUAUGGAGCCAACUCCCAUGCCUAAAAGCGGCAAACUUAAAGGAUCGGAGAAAAAAAUAUCUGCAGACAAGACUGAAAAGGGAAAGUCAGUUGCGUCAUCGCAGAAAAGUAAAGGAAAGACUAUCAAAGGGAAAAGCCUACAUGAAGAGACUGUGACUGCUGUAAAAGAAGAAGGGAAUCUUGAUGUUGAAGCAGACAAAAAGAAGCGCAAUUCCAGCGGACAGUCGGGAGGCAAGAAAAUGCCGACCGACAAUCCGAUUCCGAGGCUGUCGGAAAACGAAUCUAGUGCGAGUGACUCUGAUAUUGCCGACAACAAUUCAGAAGUCGAGGUCGAAGUCCAGACCAAACAUGCUAGUUCUUCCGGAUGCUCGAAGAGUGCACAAAUUUCGGGAAAGCGAAUGGAAAAUGUGAAAAAGAAUGAAAGUGCUCCCGGGUCAUCAGAUAGUGCAAACUCGGACUCGGAGGAUGGUUUGAAUGGCGAAGAUUCUGCUGAUGACCAAGAAGUUGACUUUGAUAAAGAAGACAAUAGUUUAUCCUUAGGCGAGGAGAGUGAGAGCCACUUGAGUGCUCAAGACAGCUACAACGUGGACUACCUGCUCAAACUAGAACAGCUGCACAAACUCAUGAAUGAAUCCGAGGACUGUGAAAAGCUACGCAAGGUGUUGGACAUUCUGGUGCAGAGUGGGAAAGCGAGUCUGGAUCCCAUAAACCAGACACUCAGAGUGGACCUUUGUGGUCUGCAGCGCAAGACAGUUUCUGAAUUGAUCGAAGCCAUCAAGCCUGUUUGAGAUAACUCAACUUACGCGAAAUAACAGAGCUGACAAAACAAAUUUGAUAAAUCUGACAAAAUCAACAUUUCUAAAUGAGAAAUUGGUCGAUGUUUAUCUUUUUAGAGUCCAUUUUUAGAAAAACUAACCACUACAUAUUGUGACUCUAUUGCGAAAAGUGUUUUUGCGAGUGGAGAUCAUUUCAAAUCAUUUGUUUGCUCUUUUCGGCCCUCUGCAACAGUUUAGCCUAUACGAGUUAAGCACCUUGUAUCUGAUUUCAAUUCUCAGUACAACCCUAGAUUUCAAGAUUAAUUUGUAAAGCAUUUCUUCAGCUCUGGAACGUAUGUAUGUUUUGUCCGCUCUAAAUUUUAAGUUAACUGAACUAUUGAAACUUCUUUGAUCCUAUAAUUAGUGAUUAUGUUGUUUUUGAUUUCGUCAAUUGAUUUUACUUUGAAUUGAGUUAAUAUG